CUCUCUUCCUUUACAGUCAUCCACCACUUUUCAACAACACAAAGGAGGACUCGCGCCGUCCAGGAAAUGGCCCGGGUGCUGGCCCCCGGGGGCCGCGUCAUGAUCUACGUCUGGGCCAUGGAGAAGAACCAUCGGCACUUUGACAAGCAGGACGUGUUCAUUCCAUGGAACCGCGCCCUGUGUUCCCAGCUCCUGGCGGAGCCGGCUCCCUCGGGGUGGCAGCCCGCAGCUGCCCCGGAGGGGCCCCGCCACCAGCCGGCCUGCUCGGUCUGCGGCUAUCCUGUGUGUGUUCAGAAGAGACGCGCAUCCCGGAGGGCCCACAGUCUGGACGGCUCUGGGGCCCCCAGCUGCUGCGGGAAGCUGGUGGAGCUCAGGGAGGAAGACAGCGGCUUCUACAGCGUUUUAGGGCGGUCAUUCCGCUCCUGGUUCUUCUCCCGCUCUUUAGACGAGUGCACGCUGAAGAAACAGGUGGAGAAGCCUGGGCACGCCGCGGAGGAGUGGACCCCGCGCCGCCCCGUGUCUGUCCAGCCUUCAAAACUCCGUCACGGAGACCCUGAUCGGGAGCCACUGACAAAAGGGCAAGACGGCGCCGUGGAGCCCAGGCUCACUCGAGCUGCAGAGGGGCAGUCAGCCCCGGGGGAGCCAACCCUCCCCAGAAAGGCCCACAAAGACAUUGCGACCCAGCAGCAAGCUGGCUGCUUCCCCAGGGAAGCUAGGGAGGAGCAGAGCUGCAGGUCGGCCUGCCCUGCGGGGAUGGAGAAGCCAGCGGCCGAGCCGCUCUGGAGAAGGACCUUCCCCCAGCCCCCCUCCAUCAGCCUGGCGUCCGCCAUGCCCGCAGCACUGUCCCAGGCAGAGGCCUUGGGCUCUGAAGCCUUCACCCGCUACUACCACGUGUUUCGAGAAGGGGAACUCUGUCACUUGCUGGAGAAGCACGUACCCGAGCUUCAUAUCCUAAGUUCCAUCAAUGACCACGGCAACUGGUGUGUUAUCGCAGAGAAGAAGCCAGGGCUCAUGGCCCGCUGA